AUGUGCAAUGGGCUAUUCGUAAACAAAACUGUUGAUGCGUCUUGGGACUUCUUAAUUGAAGUAGCUGAGAAGACUCAACAGUGGGAACCCAUUCGUGAACCCAGGAAUACUACACCUGUAGCUAAGGUUCAUAGGAUUGAGUCAGAUUUUGAGGGAAGUGCAAAAAUCGCAUCAUUAGUUAGGAGAAUAGAAGAGUUAGAGAUGCAGAAAAAUAUCAAACCUUCUAACAAUACUCUCUGUGAACAUGUCGAAAUGCCCGUAUGUGCUGCUUGUCAUGAUCCCGACCAUCAACUCAGUAACUGCCCAGAUUUGCUUGCACUCCAGUAA